GACUCUGAAUAUGUCUGGCAUAGCUCUUAGUAGACUUGCACAGGAGAGAAAAGCCUGGAGAAAAGACCAUCCAUUUGGAUUUGUAGCAGUACCUACCAAAAAUCCAGAUGGCACAAUGAAUCUAAUGAACUGGGAGUGUGCUAUUCCAGGAAAGAAAGGGACGCCAUGGGAAGGAGGCUUAUUUAAACUACGGAUGCUUUUCAAGGAUGACUACCCUUCUUCACCCCCAAAAUGUAAAUUUGAACCACCAUUAUUCCACCCAAACGUGUAUCCUUCAGGCACAGUGUGUCUCUCCAUCUUAGAGGAGGAUAAGGACUGGAGGCCAGCAAUCACAAUUAAACAGAUCUUGUUAGGAAUACAAGAACUUCUAAAUGAACCAAAUAUUCAAGACCCAGCUCAAGCAGAGGCUUACACAAUUUACUGCCAAAACAGAGUGGAAUAUGAAAAGAGGGUUCGAGCACAAGCCAAGAAGUUUGCACCAUCAUAAGCAUCUGUCAUGCAGCAUCUUAAAAAGGAAGGGAUUGAUAUGGCAAGAACUUGUUUACAAAACUUUUGCAAAAUCUAAUGUUGCUAUGUACAAUUAAUAUCCACUUAGGGAAGGGGGUUGUAUUUGUGCCAUUUUCCAUAUUCGCCACUUGUACACAGUUCUAAAUUUGCUGAAUUGCCCCCAGUUUUUUCAUACAGGGUCUCUUCCUUCAGUCUUUUGUAUUUUUGAUUGUUAUGUAAAACUUGCUUUUAUUUUAAUAUUGAUGUCAGUAUUUCAACUGCUGUAAAAUUAUAAACUUUUAUACUUCUAUAAAUUCACUAGUAUCUCUAGUUACUUUGCUAUCUGAUGCAGGCAUGCUUUAAAAUGUUAGAACUAUAUUUAGCCUAUAGCUGGCUGUAUGAAAAAAAAAUCAUGCCCUCCACCCCCUUCCCUCCCUGAAUUUGUUUUUCUAUCUUUCAGAAACUAGGUUGUUAUUGCUUAAGAACCUCUGAGAUCCAAAGUCAGCCAGCGUCCUUAUUUCUGCAUCACUUCCUUUGUGUUUAUAUGGCGUUCUGUCUGUGUUGCUGUUUAGAGUAAAUAAACUGUUUAUAUAAAGGGC